AUGUCUCCCCCAUCACGCCAGGCAACCCAGGCCGUCUACCUGCUGCCAUUGACCGACGGCGGCGCACCCGACGUGCCGGGCACCUACAUCUACCUCCCACCUCCGUCCGAUCCCUGCUACAUCGUGCGCUUCGCCAUCGAGGGUACCAGCUCAAUAUGCCGGAAAGGCAGCCUUUGGGUCAACAUUCCUGCCAAGGGGGAGGAGUUCCGGAGAGACAGCUACAGGGAGUACAAGCUCACUCCGGACUUCAACAAGACCAUUCACAUUGACGUACCCAUCCACCAAGCCGGUGCCUUCGGCUUCUACACCACCUACACCCCUCUGCCGGACUUCUCGACCGAGGCGGUGCCGACUCCCAAACCGACGAAGACGCCGGUGUACUACAUCGAUGUCUGCCCAAGGCUCACCCUCCGAGGCCGACACGUACCGCUCGAUGCUCUGUCCCUGUUCUCCGUCAUCUCGAAGUUCAUGGGCAAGUACCCGACAGACUGGGACAACCACCUUCGUGGCAUCGGCGAGCGAGGCUACAACAUGGUCCACUUCACACCCCUGGUCAUGCGAGGCAACUCGAACUCCCCAUACAGCAUCUACGAUCAGCUCCAGUUCGACAAGACUUGCUUCCCCAAUGGCGAGAAGGACAUUGCCGAGUUGGUCGACAGGAUGGAGAACCAGUUCGGCCUUCUGGGCAUGACCGAUGUUGUCUGGAACCACACCGCCAACAACAGCAGGUGGCUCGAGGAGCACCCCGAGGCCGGUUACAACACUCUGACAGCGCCCUGGCUGGAAGCCGCCCUUGAGCUUGAUACUGCUCUCCUCAAGUACAGCUCCGAGCUCCACUCUCUCGGCCUCCCGACUACGCUCAACAAUGUGGACGACCUGCUCCGGGUCAUGGACGGUGUCAAGAGCCGUGUUGUUGGAGGCAUCCGCCUCUGGGAGUUCUACGUCAUCGACAUCGAGAAGAGCACCGAGGCAGUUGUCAAGGCAUGGACCGAAGGCCAGGUCAUCUUCCCCGAGGGCGGCUUCGGCCCCCUUGGAGUCGGCGGGCUCAACGAAGUCAAGGAAUGGCCUCUCAAGAGGAAGGCCGACUGGCUCAUCGAACAUGCCCUUGAGGGUGGUGACCGCUUGGGCGAGCGCUUCCGUCGCAAGAUCAGGCCUCAGGUUGGUGCCGCUCUGCUGAGCGCCUUGUUCGGCCGGUACGACACUCGCACCAACAGCAGCCCGGACGAACGCGUCGCUCAUGGCACCAUGUACAAGUUCAUCGAGGAGGUCAACAUCCAGUUCUACCGGGAAUACGAUGCCGAUGUUGCCGAGAUCAUGGAGCAGACCUUCAACCGCGUCAAGUACGUCCGCCUUGAUGAGCAUGGUCCGAAGCUUGGCCCGAUCAACAAGCAGAACCCUUUGAUCGAGUCGUACUUUACGAGGCUUCCAAACAAUGCCACGACCAAGAAGCACGAUCCGAAGAGUCUUGCCCUAGUCAACAACGGCUGGAUCUGGGCUGCCGAUGCGAUGAAGGACAACGCUGGAUCCAAGUCUCGUGCUUACCUGCGAAGAGAAGUUAUCGUCUGGUCUGAUUGCGUCAAGCUCCGCUAUGGUAGCGGUCCAGCCGACAACCCCUUCUUGUGGGACUUCAUUGCCAAGUACACCCGGUUGAUGGCCAAGUACUUCGUGGGUUUCCGUAUCGACAACUGCCAUUCGACGCCCAUCCAUCUUGCAGAGUACAUGUUGGAUCAAGCCCGCCAGGUCCGUCCGAAUCUCAUGGUCUGCGCUGAGCUGUUCACCGGCUCAGAAGAGAUGGACUUUGUCUUCUGCGAGCGACUCGGUAUCAGCUGCCUGAUCCGCGAGGCUAUGCAAGCAUGGAGCACUCAGGAGAUGAGCCGCUUGGUCCAUCGCCAUGCUGGCAGACCAAUCGGUAGCUUCGAAGUCGACGAGAUCACGGAUGCUGAGAAGUCCGAGCAAGCUAAUGGCACCACCAACGGAUCGAUUCGGCCAACACGCGAGAUCAUCCGCAGGAUCAAGCGCAGUCCGGUGCAUGCUCUGUUCAUGGAUUGCACACACGACAACGAAGUUCCAGCUCAGAAGCGUGACGCUCGCGAUACCCUGCCGAACGCAGCCUUGGUCGCGAUGUGCGCCAGUGCCACUGGCAGUGUCAUGGGCUAUGAUGAGAUAUACCCCAAGCUCAUCGACCUCGUGCACGAAACCAGGUUGUACUCCUCGUCGUCUUCUUCUGGCCCGGUCAAGAUCCAAGCCAGCGAGGGCGGCAUCGGCGGCAUCAAGAAGCUCUUGAACCAGAUCCACGUCCUCAUGGGCAAGGACGAGUACGACGAGACAUUCAUCCACCACGACCAGCAAUACAUCACCGUCCACAGAGCGCAUCCCCAGUCAAGGAAGGGUUACUUCUUGAUCGCACACACCGCAUAUCCCGGUUACGGCAACGGUAACGGUGGCUUCCCGCCUGUGCACCUCCCUGGGACCCGUGCCAAGGAGAUCGGAAGCUGGAUGCUUGAGGUUGACGACAAUGAACAAGCGAAGGCUACUGCCUCGAAUGAUCGGAAAAUGCUCAAAGGCCUGCCGAGCCGUACUAAGGAGGUCCGCGGCGUGCGCGUCGAACUCAACGGCGACAGCACCACUAUCACGGUUCCCGAGAAGUUUCCUCCAGGCAGCAUUGCUCUGUUCGAGACUUGGAUUCCGGGAGCAGACCACUCCGAAGGCCUCGAUAAGUAUGUCACUAGCGGUGGCAAAGCGGCGUUCAAGGACUGCGACCUCAACGAUCUGAACUUCGCACUGUACCGGUGCGACCCGGAAGAAAGGGACGCUACCGGCGAUGGCGUGUACAACAUCCCAGGCCACGGUUUGCUUGUCUACGCUGGUCUGCAAGGCUGGUGGAGCCCUCUGCGGGAUAUCGUCCGCGAUAACAAUCUUGGUCAUCCGAUCUGCAACCACCUGCGCCAGGGCCAGUGGGCGUUGGACUACUGCGUUGGUCGUCUCGAGAAGGCGUCGCAGCAGGACAGAUACUCCAAACUCAGCGGUCCCGCUCAGUGGAUGAAGGAGCGGUGCGAUGCGAUCCGCAAGGUGCCGAGCUUCCUGCUCCCGCGAUAUUUCGCUAUGGUCAUCCAGACCGCCUACAACGCUGCGGUCGACCGCUCGAUUGAGCUGAUGAGCGACAACGUCCGCCAGGGCAACAGCUUCCUCAAGAGCUUGGCGCUGGUCAGCAACCAAGUCAGCGGGUACAUGAACGACGCUUCUCUCUGGCCCAACAAGGUCGUGCCUAGCAUGGCCGCCGGCCUUCCCCAUUUCUCCUCGAGCUGGGCUAGGGUUUGGGGCCGCGAUGUGUUCAUCUCCCUCCGUGGCCUGUAUCUCGGUACCGGGCGCUAUGCUGACGCCCGCGAGCAUAUCCUCGCGUUCGCCAGCGUCCUUAAGCACGGCAUGAUCCCGAACCUGCUAAGCAGCGGCGCCCUCCCCCGCUACAACUCGCGCGACUCCAUCUGGUUCUUCCUGCAGAACAUCCAGGACUACACCAAGAUGGUCCCCGACGGGAUGAGCAUCCUGCAAGAGUCCGCGCCGCGCCGAUUCCUCCCGUACGACGACACCUGGUUCCCGCACGACGACAAGCGCGCCUACUCGAAGUCUUCCACCAUCGAGGACGUCAUCCAAGAGGCACUGCAGCGUCACGCCACCGGCCUGUCCUUCCGCGAGUACAACGCCGGCCCGAACAUCGACUCCCAGAUGAAGUCCGAGGGCUUCAACAUCGAGGUCCACGUUGACUGGUCAACCGGUAUCAUCUUUGGCGGCAACCAGCACAACUGCGGCACGUGGAUGGACAAGAUGGGCGAGAGCGAGAAGGCCGGAUCCAAGGGCGUCCCCGGCACACCUCGCGACGGCGCAGCGGUUGAGAUCACGGGCAUGCUGUACAGCACUCUCGCGUGGGUAGAUCAACUCCGCAAAGACGGACACUACAGCUACGACGGCGUCACGACCGCCGACGGGAAAGUCAUCUCCUUCGCCGACUGGGCAGCGAAAAUCAGAGCAAACUUCGAGCGCUGCUACUACAUCCCUACCGACCGCGCCGAGGACAAGAACUUCGAUGUGAACAGCAAGAUCGUCAACCGCCGCGGCAUCUACAAGGACCUCUACAAGAGCGGCAAGGAGUACGAGGACUACCAACUCCGGCCCAACUUUCCCAUCGCCAUGUGCGUCGCCCCGGACCUCUUCACCCCCGAACGGGCUCUCGGCGCCCUCUCCGUAGCCGACAAGGUUCUCCGUGGCCCGACAGGCAUGGCGACGCUCGACCCCAGCGAUCUGAACUAUCGCCCGUACUACAUCAAUUCCGAGGACAGCACGGACUUCCACACCUCCAAGGGUCGGAAUUACCACCAGGGCCCCGAGUGGUUGUGGCCGACGGGGUUCUUCCUGCGGGCGCUGCUGCGGUUCGACCUCAUGAGGAGAAAGACGAGGGAGGAGAGGGUCGAGAGUUAUCAGCAGGUUACGAGGCGCUUGGCGGGGUGCGUCAAGGCGAUUAGGGAGAGUGAGUGGGCCGGGUUGCCGGAGCUGACGCAGAAGAAUGGCGAGUUUUGCCCGGAUUCGUCACCCACGCAGUCGUGGUCCGCGGGCUGUUUGAUCGAUUUGUUCCAUGAUGCGAAGGAGUUCUCGGAGAGGGACGCUGCGUAA